AUGGCUGAUUUGCGGCCCCUCUUACCACCCUUCUCUGAGCUGAGUGCUCUUUGCAAGCAGCGUUUGACCCCUCUACAAAGCCAUGGACAGCCGAGUUCUCGCGGAAAGUCACGGUCUCCGCCAGACAAUAAUCCGGAUCCGGAUCAGCCUAUCACCCACGCUCCAGGAGAACCUAGCAUAAGCCUCACCCAAACCGCCGUCUGCGACUUUCUCACGUCAGAGCUUAGCACUCCACUCCUUGAUGAGCUCUACGAUGGUCUAUGGCUGGUUGCGCGAAAGUGUGGCAAGAGCAUUGACCCCCUGCACAGACAAAAAGUUAAAGCAAGAGAGAUCGUUGCGACCGAAGAUGCUCAUCUACAUCUCGUGUGGCAUUACAACAAAAUAUAUGUCAAGCCUUUGCCAUUGUGUCUGCUCAACUACGACUUCUGGACGACAUAUCUCCCGCUGCAGGUUGCCAGCACAUCCUCCAAAAAGGGCACCUUCGCGAUUCGACCAGUUCCUCCCUCUCCAGUAUUUGACCGGGCAGCUGCAGUAGGCUUCGUGCGAUCCUACGCCUUGCUCGUACGGUACCACGUGGACUUCAUCCUUGCACGUGAAUCCCAUCUCUUUCCCGCCGAACUUGACUGGGUCAAGUGGUCCGAGUUCGUUGCUCAUUUUCGAAACAUUGAGGACGAAGACGUAGCGAAGCGUUACCAUUAUGGACAGCUCCGCCUUUCGCGAUUAGAUUGGGCGGUCCGUCUGUUUCGCCCUUCGUCCGCAACGACUUGGUGGUUCUACGAAAUCCCUCACUGGUCGACGGCCAUGUAUGUAGAGCGAGCAGUUGCACCACUGCUCUUUGGCUUCGCCAGCUUAUCCUUAGUGCUGUCUUCUAUGCAAGUUUUGCUAUCAGUCCCAGAUGAGGAAUUGGGCUUCAAACACCUAGAUGCUUCUUCACUUGUGGACAUGAGACGAGCUUUUUGGUUGUUCUCGGUCAUGAUGUUGCUGUUGUCAGGACUAGUUUGGAUAUUGCUGUUCGUCAUUCCAUUCAGCGUGCUUAUUUGGCAGCUUGCGUGGGGUUUCAGGAACAGAGGGAAACCCAGAGCUAAAGCCCUUGGGCGGUCUGGAUGA